AUGAAACAUGGCAAGCCGCUGAAUGCUGUCAAGGCAGCUCUUGAUCCGGCGGGGUACGGAGCGCCCACUGGUGCUUUUGGUGCUCUUCUAGGCCAUCAUCAAGCCAGCUGGGUUUGGGAGACCUACACUCGUCCCACGCUGCUUCGAUCAGCUCCUCCGGGCUUCGGUUGGGCGACGGCCUUUGCGGAGCAGCGACGGCAGGCGAAGCAGCUUCAAGAAGAGCAGUUCUUUCACGAGCCCUGGAGCGGCGCCUCUGUCCUUUGUGAGCUGCGGAGCAUCCUAGAGGCCUUGUCCGAUCGACUGGGCGACGGCAGCCUGGAGCCUGAGCUUAGUAGUGCUGAUGCAAGAGCAUAUGCGCAGCUUGCGGUGCUCCUCAGUAUCCCUUGCCAUGGCUCUGGUUUGGAAAAAGUGUUGGCAGACUUCCCCGCUUUGCCGCGCUAUGUCAGCUGUAUCGAAGAAAGGCUGCCUGGAACAUGGCCAGACUACUCCAGCUUUCUUCAGGCCUUGCCUCUAGAAGAACGACCGCCACCGCCACCAAAGUCGACUUUUCAACACACAACAGUGUUUGAUGAGCGGGAAGUUGCUGAAGAGCAACGGCGUUGGUUUGAAAUCUGGGGUUGGUCUUGGGGAGGUCGUCGACAACCAGUGCAGUUUGCCGGUGCAGGCAAAUCUCCGCCCGCACUGUAUGCUAUCGCGUUUGGUCUUGCAACCAGCGUUUCCUUUGCGGUAGCCAUAUUUUGCGGGCUCGGCCCUAAAGAGCCUCUAGCUGCACUCCGUCGAUGGCUCCUUGCCAUCACAGAAAGUGUGACCGAGGAGUAA